GGAAGGACUCAUCUUUAAAAUAUUCGAAUGGGGCCUUCGGGUUCGGAGCCUGCCGUAUUUCGUUCGAAACUGUCGCAUGCAUGUCGCAAGUUGACGUCACUUGCUGCCUAUAAACUGCGAAACAGGCGUGGGGAGACUAUUGAAUUGAAAUACAUGUUAUUGGAUUUUUGUUCAUCAAAGUCAAACAUCAAGCAAAAAUAAUAGACUUGUCUAGGUAGAGAAGAACACAGUAAACGCGACCAACGAGGAUGUUUAAGAAAUUUGAUGAGAAGGAAAAUGUUUCCAACUGUAUUCAGCUGAAGACCUCUGUAAUCAAAGGCAUCAAAAACCAGCUGUUGGACCAGUUUCCAGACAUUGAGUCAUGGCUCAACCAUAUCAUGCCAAAAAAGGACCCUGUCAAAAUAGUGCGAUGCCAUGAACACAUUGAAAUCUUGACGGUGAAUGGAGAAUUGCUCUUCUUCAGACAAAGAGAAGGACCGUUCUACCCAACCCUCCGACUGCUGCAUAAGUACCCCUUUAUUCUUCCACACCAACAAGUAGACAAAGGGGCCAUCAAGUUUGUCUUAAGUGGAGCCAAUAUCAUGUGUCCUGGAUUGACGUCCCCAGGCGCCAAACUCUACCCCUCUGCCUCAGAAACAGUAGUUGCCAUAAUGGCGGAGGGCAAGCAACAUGCCCUUUGUGUCGGAGUCAUGAAGAUGUCUGCAGAAGACAUAGAGAAAGUCAACAAGGGAGUAGGAGUUGAAACUGUUCACUAUCUUAAUGAUGGACUGUGGCACAUGAAGACGUAUAAGUGAGAUGUCUUCACCAACCCCCCUGGACAACGUGAAGCUCUUGACAGUGAGGCUGCCAGUCAAUUGUUUACACCAAUGGACUUAGCUGUGUAACUAGCUGGAGGCUUUGAACCAAUCCCCAAUUAAUGCACAAAUAAACACCUGCAUUCAAGAUA